UCUAAGAACAUGUUGCAGCAAUCACUGGCCGUGCUGCUCUUUGUGGCUCUUUUCGCCAGCUUAGAAACAGCACCUUCUUCAACGCCGGGAACAAAACAAGAAGAACUCGUACGCGUCUAUGAAAUCAAUGAGGAGCAGUACGAACGGGUUUUGCAACUGACCAACGGAAAGAAUCUGAUAUCGGAAGCUAGGGUCAUAAAUGGAGGUUUCGCCACCGUAGGCGACACCAUAAGUUCCGGCUGGAAUUCCUUUCUAAGGAUCGUGGGUCUCACCAGUGUCACCAAAGCCGACGAAGCCGAGAAAGUGGACUUCGAUGGUCAGCCAUUGUGUGUGAUUAAAACCCGGGAAGGCGAAGGAAGGGAGGAGAAUGUGACCACUGCUCGCAGUUCGGGAAGAGCCAUCGAGGCCGAAGAUGAAGAAUCUGCUAUUCACUGCAUAGUGGUUCUUAAAAAAGACAGCGAUUUUGAGCUGCCCAACAAGGAUUCUCACCCGAAUUUCGCGCAAUAUUGGAACCAGCCUCAAACUCCACAAACUGUAGAUGAAUCACCUGUGCAAAAUGAAGCAGAAGAAGAGGUUGUGGAAGAAGAGCCAGUUGUGACCACCACACCCGCUCCAUUGAGAAGGAAAAAGAUCAACAAGAGCACCUAUCCAAGGGUGGCUUUAUUGCAGGAUGACUCCGAUGGUUCCCGCCAGUAUAGUUAUCCACCCCAAUAUGGAACCCCCUAUCCACCACCCUAUGGCGGCUAUCCCUACAGUCCCUAUCCCAACCAGCCACCUUAUCCCGGUCCUCAGCCGUAUGGUUCUCAAAUUCCCUACGGCCCACAACCAUAUGGACAACCACCGUAUGGACCUUAUCCACCUCAGCCUUAUGGCCCCCCACCACCACCCAUUGGGCCCUACAAUCCCCAACCUUACUAUGGAUAUGGAUAUCCCUACUUGGACCAAAAUCAAGUAAAUUCAGUAAAAGAUACAGAGAAAGCAGAGGCUGAGGAACUCGAGGAGGAUGAGGACUCCUUCGAAUCUGAUGAAGAAGAUGAUUACAAGAAACGCUAUUACUCCUAUCAAGCUGUUUAUCCCAACGAACCUUAUAAUUACUAA